GAUAAAAAUUUAUUUUAUUUUGUUUUAAAGAAUAUUAUAAAUUAACAAGAUUGCAUGGCAAGGAUGGCAGGACCUUCAAGUUCACAAUCACAAACUGAAACUGUCUUGGAGGGGGAUGUCUCUGAUAGUGGACAGAAGUUGUUGAAAUCAUCAUCGCAAAGCAUGUAAGAAACUAUCAUUUUUUCAAUUAAAUCUCUUCUGAGUAUCUUGAAUUCUUAUCGGUCAAAGUGUGCAUUGUUCAAUAUUUUUCAAGAAGAUUCCAACAAUAUAGAUAUACAAUGAGUGCUUUAAGAUUAAUCACUCAGCAAUUACUGCGAUCAAGAAAAAUUAUAAAUAUCAGUAAAUAUAAAAGCAUCGCUACUUCAUCAAAGUUCAACAAUAAAUCACCUUUAGAAGGAAUUAGAGUGAUUGAUUUGACAAGAAUUGUCGCGGGUCCGUAUUGUUCAAUGAUACUUGGAGAUUUGGGAGCAGAAAUAAUAAAAAUAGAAAAACCAGGCACUGGUGAUGAAAGUAGACACUGGGGUCCACCAUUUCUAAAAACAACAAAAGAUUCAACAUAUUUUUUAAGUGUUAAUCGUAAUAAAAAAAGUGUAUGUAUUGAUCUAAAAAAAGGAAAGGAUAUAAUUUAUGAGUUAGCUAAAACAUCAGAUGUUUUAAUAGAAAACUAUGUACCAGGAAAGCUUGAUGAAAUGGCUCUUGGCUAUAAGGAUCUGGAAAAAGUGGCUCCUCAUUUAAUUUAUUGUUCUUUAACUGGAUAUGGAUCACAAGGUCCAUACGCUAAAAGACCAGGUUAUGAUGUAAUAGCAGCAUCAAUAGGUGGUCUUUUGCAUAUUACUGGACCUAAAGAUGGGGCUCCGUGUAAAAUAGGAGUAGCUAUGACAGAUUUAGCUACCGGAUUAUAUGCUCAUGGGGCUAUUAUAGCUGCUUUACUUCAGAGAACCAAAACUAAUCGGGGACAAUGGAUUGAAUGCAACCUUCUUUCCACGCAAGUUGCAAGUCUUAUCAAUGUUGCUUCUAAUUACUUAAAUGCUGAUAAAGAAGCUUCUCGUUGGGGUUCAGAGCAUGAAAGUAUUGUCCCUUAUGAAGCUUUUCCUACAAAAGAUGGAUUUAUGACUAUAGGAACUGGCAGUGAUGCACAAUUUAUUGCACUCACAAAGAUCAUAAAUUUACCAGAAUUGUCAGUAAAUGAAAAGUUUAAGAAUAACACUGAAAGAGUAAAAAAUAGAGAAGAAUUACUAACUAUUUUAAGAGAAAAGUUUAAAACAAAAACCAAUAAAGAAUGGUCAGAUAUUCUUGAAGGAUCUCCUUUUCCCUAUGGACCGAUAAAUACAAUUAAGGAGGUUUUUAAUGAUCCUCAUAUUAAACAUGUUGGUAUGGUGAGAGAAAUGAAUCACCCGAUAAUGGGAAAAGUUAAAUUUGUUGGACCUGCAGUAAAAUUUAGUUAUGGCACGAAUGAGCCUCGGCUUCCACCACCUACAUUAGGUGAACAUACAAGAGAAGUGUUGAAAAAAGUUUUAAAUUAUUCUGAUCAAACACUAGAGAAUUUAAUAAAAAAUAAAAUUAUACAGUAA